CACGGACUUCCCUGAACACUUCUUCAGGAGCCGGAAACAAAACAAGUUGUCAUGUGAUUUCUGCUUUUGUCUGGUAUGUAGCUGUAGGUGGAGAAGUCAAGUAAAAGGAUUCAGAGAAGCUGCAGAGAGUCUGGGUGACAAACACUGGCCGCCAUGGCUGAUGACUUGAAGAGAUACCUGUACAAACAGUUGCAAAGUGUUGAUGGUCUUCAUGCUAUAGUAGUGACAGACAGGGACGGUGUCCCGGUGAUCAAAGUUGCCAAUGACAACGCCCCGGUCCACGCUCUGAGACCUGGCUUCUUGUCCACGUUUGCUUUGGCCACAGAUCAGGGGAGCAAGCUGGGCCUCUCCAAGAACAAGAGCAUCAUCUGCUACUACAACACCUACCAGAUUGUGCAGUUCAAUCGGUUACCACUGGUCAUCAGCUUCAUCGCCAGUAGCAACGCCAACACAGGGAUCAUCAUGAGUCUGGAGAAGGAGCUGGCUCCACUAAUAGAGGAGCUGAGGCAGGUGGUGGAGGUGACAUAAGCUCCAACAGACCAGGCUGUCCCCCCCUCUGGACCACAUCUGGAUCACAUCCUGCUCACUGUCUCUCCAUCUCUAAUGGUGCAUUCAAGUCCUGUGGGAAAUCCUGUCAGUUCAACAUGAUGAUUGGAAGUAUUCACAUCUUCAGACCUGUUUACAUCAUGGUUGAACUUUACUCUGUUGACUUAACUUCCUGCUGUUUUCUAUAGACUUCAGGUACUCUCCAUCAUUUCUCAUCUUCACUGCUAAGACUGAGCUCGUCUGAAUAAAUGUUUAAUUUCAGCACCUAAA